CCAGUCGAAAUUUUAUACUUCUAGUUCUAGCCAAACGAAUCUCUUCUGCUGCUCGUCUCCUUGAACAGCUCUCGUCUGUUAACAGCCUCGUCUCCUGAUUGAAUAAAUCAGAGAUACUGUCAAGGAUUCAUCGGUUAUCACAUUAACGCAAUGGCAAGGGCAUUAUCAAAUGCAUUGUUGAAGGGCAUUGCAGGUUUUCCAGCAGCCCAUUCUAGAUCUGUACAUGCAUCGCUUAUCCACAAUGGUUUGAGAUACUCAAGUACUGUGCCCAAUGACCCUGACACUCAUGAUGAUUUUAAGCCGACUAACAAAAUUGAGAAUUCUGAUUUUUCUUUGAAUGAUGUUGUUGAGCAGGAUGUUAAAGACAACCCUGUAAUGAUUUAUAUGAAAGGGGUUCCUGAUUUUCCUCAGUGUGGAUUCAGCUCACUGGCCGUGAAAGUAUUGAAGCAUUACAAUGUUCCCUUGAGUGCUAGAAAUAUUCUGGAGAAUCCUGAACUGAAAACUGCCGUGAAAACCUUCAGUCACUGGCCCACAUUUCCACAGAUCUUUAUCAAGGGGGAGUUCAUUGGAGGUUCAGAUAUAAUUCUCAGUAUGCAUCAGAACGGAGAACUGAAAGAAAAGCUCAAAGAUAUCGGGGCCGGCCCUAAGUCUGAAUAAUUUUCUGAAUUUAAUGAUAGUACAGCGAGUUAAUAGAGUUAGUAUUUUUGAGCUCUGUUGUUACUCAAGAUAUUAUGUUGUAGAAGCUUUCAUAUCUAGUAUGUUGGUUUUAAGCAUGCACCUUGCUACUGACCUAGGCAGGGAUUAAAUAACCUCUCCGGAUAGAGGGUUUUUGCUGCUUCUUGGUUGAAAACAAAUUAAGCAAGAACUGAAUCUGAGCUAUUAAUAAGUAUGGGAACUUACGAAGA